CCCGUUCAAGCACGAUUUCCGGAUCACAUUGUUGCCCUUGGAUGCUACGGUUUUAGGCAUGUUCUCUGUGCUGGUUUAGAAAUGUUUUCAAGUUUACCAACAACAUGGGCUUGACUGGCAGGAAGUGUGAUUGUUGUUGUGAAGUGUUCUUGUGGUUCUGUCGAGUAGUUGGUAUCGCUACAGCGCUUGUUCUGUGGGGAGCUGGAGUGGAAGCUGCCUUUUAUCAACAUGUUCUGGGCAUUUACAUGCUAGUGGCAGCGGUAGUUGUCACAGCAUUGGAGUUUGUUUUUGUCAUCAAUUACUUUGUGGAAAUAUGUACACGUUCCACGGCUGCGAAGUGCUGGAGGUUCUGGGACUGUGUGAUGUGGCUGGAUGACUGGAAGAAGGGGGUUCUGUACAUCGCCAUCUGUAUCCCGUGCUUUAUACAGCCACACGACGUUAUCCUAGGAGUCCUGGCAGGAUCUAUAAUGUUUGUGUCAGCAAUGUUGUACAUGCUGAAAACAUUUAAAACUCGUCGAGAAAAACGACUUGAAACUAUCACUCAGAAACCAUCAUAUGAUAGAUUUGAAGAUAUCCACGAGGACCUACACGAUGAUUUGGAAGGCAGUAUUGUAAAUCCUAACAGUGACUUUAACCCAAUACCUAGUGUAGCUGAUCAGUCCGAGAUACUGGAGAUGUGAGGAGCUUCCAAACCAUGUGUGUCCACAUACAGAACACCUGGGCAGAUCUUAUCUUUAUCACCUUUAUCUUCUCUGCGUCACCUAGAUGUACAUUUCCUUGGAAACUUGAUGACAGCUUGGAUUAACUGUUUAACUCUGUGAUGCUAUUUUGUUUUACUAUUCAUCAAAGUGCUUAAUGCUUUCUUCAGAAUUAAUGAAGCUGAGCUCUCCUGUCUGUGUGAUCAAUGAACUUAUGGACAGGUUUAGAGUAUCAUGAAGUUAAUUUGGAGGAGAUGUAUGCCAUGAUAUAUGUUUGGGGGGAGGUGGGUCACUAAAAGUACAUUCCAGAAGAAACACGAAAAUAAUCUGAUUUGUUUACUAAUGUUUUAAAUGUUGAAUAUUUCUCUAAAGGAAUUCAGUAUCGAGUUUGGGGGGUUUAAAAUCUUGCCUGAAAAGUGCAAGAUACAAGGUUAAAUUUUAAUCUACCUUUCUGAACAUCUCUUUCUGAAAUAACAUGAUGUCAGUAUACUAUUCAUCAGAAUGGCUGAGAUGCUUACUUGUCAACAUCAGUGGACCGGUAUAUGUAGGUAGUCCAUCUGACAUACACUACUGAUAAGCUCCAUAGCACACUGCCUUAUACUCUCUUGUGCCUUUAUGCCACUACCGUCUGUGACAAGCCAGGGAUUGACUUUACUGGAGUUGAUUGAUUACUGAUUAGUCGAAAGAUCGUAAGGGCAAUUAAGUGAAUGUUUGCAAAAUGUGAUCCCACAUCGAGUUAUUGUUUAGUCACCAUACGUUCACUGUUAUCACACUGCCACAUAUCUGAAUUUUAUCGAAUAGUCACAUCUGUUUACGAUUCAGUGUAUUUUAUAUACUUGACAAUAUGCAACAACAAUCUGUUUAUGCAUGUUUUGUUUACCGUUUAUACAUAUCACAUGCAGAACGAACCCUCCAUUUGUCCAUUACACUGGCAUUGUCACCUUAUGGUGUUUAUUUAGGGAUGAUACAUGUCUGGUUUUGUUUUUCUCCAGAUAUAGUUUAUAUUUUGCAAUUUGAUUUAAAUGUUAUCUGAGCACCUAUAUUUGGCACAAACCCUUUUAUCUUUGCUUGUGUAAUUUUUCCACAUUGUUAUAUAGUGUAUCUGCUUCUGACACAGUUGGGUAGUCUAGAGGGUUAAGUGUUUGCUAAUAUUGCUGAGGACAGGGGUUUGAUUCCCACAUGGGUAUAUUAUGUACUGACAAUUCUUGGUGUUUAUUACAGGUAUGUUGCACUGAUUACGUUUUUCUCACUGCCUCCAUCGUCUGGCAUGUACACCUGUACCAGGUGAAACAUUGUGAGUUAAGCCUCGCUAAUACAACAGGAUUUGUUACUCCAGACAGUCUCUGUCGGAAUCAACAGGGUUUAAUUCUGAAAAUGGUUUCUGUCAGCCUGUUGUUAUGCACAGCCAUGUAAUACAAUUAGCUUGUGAUGUCCUGCCCAAAGUAUUGGUAACAUUAUUUAUUCGCAUGUCAUCGACAUUCUAGUGUGUGCCAAAUGAGUAGGAAUUUUAAGUAGAAUUACUUCACAAAAGACGUUAAGGAACUUGAUGGUUUCAUUUUGCUACAGUUUGUUAUGGAAUGACAGAUGAUCUAACUGACCCUGCUUCAGUAAUGGUUAGGUAUUCUUUAGCUUGUUUUGAGUGGUAUAUUUCGGGGUGGAGACAGCUACGUAUCAGCUUUAAGUGCCUGGGGUUAUCACUAUGUACAAACUUUCAUCCACCACUGUGCUUUAUAUCUACCUUGUGCCUUAGGGCAGGGAGCGAUGAAUGAUCGAUAGUUGAAUGUACAUGUGUUCUUGUCAGAUCAUUUUAGUAACCUUUUACAUAUGCACCAUGUAUGUGUGUUGCCGUGGUUAUGUUGUACAGUGGCAAGAGAAUAAGUGAGUAGCUUGGAACAAUGCAGUUAUUACUAGAGAUGUGAUAUUUAAAAGUUUUCAUUUGGCCAGAGAAAUGUAAGUAACUGAACUCCUCUUGAAGCUAAAUUCUUCCUGAUAACAGGUCAAGUUUUGUUAAUUAGAUAUUCCUGUGUAAAUAAAAAACACAGUAUUUUAAACAAAUAACUUUCCAAAGUAACUUUGUCAUCUUUGGAUGUUGCAGUAGUGGGAGGACAAUAGGGGAGACCACCCUGCUAGUACACGCUGAUCUUGGACACUCAAGUUGCCCUUCAUUGCCUGGGGUUCUAUAUUUGACCAUACACUUGACAGUCUAUUAACAUAAAAAUUCAGAUAAUAUUUAUGAACUUGACCUUUCUGUUGUUUUUUUGUUUUGUUUUUUUCAUUCCUAUUUCUAUGAAGUUAAGACAGGAAUAGUUGUUGGUAACCCUCCAAGAUGUCCUAUAGGAGUUAUCUCCCUUUGACCAACCUUUUUAAUCAGGUGAUGUUUGAUGUUAAGUAUGUAAAAUACAUGUAAGAGUUUUCCCAUUUUAUGGUUUUGUUUCAACAAGUUGAAAGAUUAUUGAAAAUGUACUUGUUGAUCUAUCAAUGAUGGAUUACAGCAAAAAAAUUGUAUUUAGGUAAGUUAUUUUUUAUUUGUCCAAAGAUCAGUUGUUGGAGUGUGGCAUGUGAAAAGAUUGUCAAAACUGAACCUUGGUUAUCUUUGUUGGUUUCAGAUCUUGUAUUUAAGGACAUAUCCAUAAGAUUUAUAGAUUUAAAAAAAAUUAAUUUCUUUUGAAUGGAGCGUAUUUGUAUAUUUCGAUGGCAUAUUUGUAGUAGCAGUGGUGUACAUUUUUAUGUAGGAAACAUCUAUUUAUGAUUGCGAAAGUUCUAGUUGACUCUUUGUGAAAGAGUUGUUAUGACCCAGCGGGUUUACCAAGAUACCUUCAUAUGUUGUUGUGUAUGUUGUUGUAUGUGUUGCAUUAAGCUGCUGGCAUCGUGUCCAAUAUAUCUAUAGUGCCUGGAGAUUUUACCCAUAGUUUUUCAAGCAGUGUAUAUUAAAAUUUAGUACGUAACCUUGCUGCUUAACUGUCCUCAGUGUGCUACUGAGUUAAUUUGCUUUAAGUUGAAGAAAUGAUGAAAUUAGAAAACAUAAUAUUACAUUAAUAAUGAGUCCAUGGGUUUACUUCCUUAGCUUGACCCUUGCCUUUCUUUAUAAAUGCCAAACUUGUAUUUACAGUCUAUCAUCAUCUUCUAGAGUCAAGGUUCUACAGAUAACUACAUGUUUUGUGACGACUAUCAUUUAACUUCUCCAUAGAGAUUGCAAAGAGAACGAACCCUUUGUCCGGAAUGAACUUUACAGUGUACUAAGACCUUAGCAAUAUUUACUUGUUGGAAUUCUAAUUACUACUCCUGAGGACCAAACCUGGAAUGUUGAUUAUGAUAAUUUUCUUCAUUUUAUUUAUUUUUUCAUUUUUUCAGUGCAGGAACCUGUACAAUUUGAAUAUAACCAGCCAUGGGAAGCAGCACCUGUUAAGUUAGCAUGCCAACAAUAACAAUAUUUUUAAAUACCGAGUAAUGAUUCAAUUUCCCGCUCUACAUGUGGUAUAUGUUGUUAUUGUCUGCUGUAUGGCGUCAGGAUGCCUGUGAGUGUAACACUCAUGUUUGAGUACAGUCUGUAAAGCUCACUCCGAUGCCCAUGCUUAAUAUCCCAGUAGAGCAGCGUAAACGUCUUAUACUUACUUUGGUGUGUAUAGAAGUCCACAAGAAAGAUUGUAUUGCUACCAUUUCCUAGCACUGUGAGUUCAGGUCCAAUAGCGCUGACUCUCGGUGUUUAACCUUUCUAAAAGAGUUGCUGGGGAAUAUAUGACCUUCACUACAUUGACAGAAAAUAAAUUAAAACUUUAUCACCCUUGGCAGGAUGUUUUAUGGUCUUAUGAAUGUUUUCACCCAUUGUUGGUCACUGUGAAACAAAGGCUGAUCUUUUUUACAUUUUCAAAAUGUAAAUUGUGAUUUGUAACUCUUACAAAGUCGCCUAUUACAAUGUAUUGUGAAAAACGAGAAACCAGAGAUAAAGCAUGUUUAUUCUUGGGAGAGAAAUAGUAUUUAUUCACUUCAACCUCCCCAUACCCUGAAACACAAUACUACUUCCCAAAUGACGAGUUGAUCUGUCUCCAUGUGUUGAAUUGUUGUCAGGUACAGGUCUAAGUUGAAAAUAGUCAUCACCCAAGUAGAAUCUCAUCCACUCCUUAUAAGCUAUGAUUGGUUGCUUGCUGUUUGUUAUAUGAUUAGUCACAUCAGAAUAGUAUGUUAUUUUAGUGGAGUGAAUGGAUUUAAUGCUUGUUUACAUGUAGACUGAGAAAUAUUUUAUUAUGCUCUUUGAAUCUCUCGUUUGGCAAGUUGCUUUAUACACUUUCACCCAUCCAGCUUGAGAUUUGUCAUUCUUGUUUUCCUUUUGGAAAAAUGCUCAACACUUAACUGGAAAAAUUAGAUCAGUUAUAAUAAGAUCAUGACGACAUGGAACAUUUAUGGGUAACAAUUUGGUAGGCACCUUUAAUAUGAAUAAAUUGGCUGUUUCCAUGAUGAUUGAGUGCCUUGUGUACUGUAAAUGUCUGAUUAAUUCUCCAGGUUUAUCAAGAUCAUUUGUUUCUGUAAAAUGAAUGGAAACAAGUAUCAGAAUUAAUUCAAAAGCUAACUAAACAGAAUGGGGGACAGUCAGUCACACCAUCUCACCACUGACCCUGUACAUGUUCUGAUCUUGUACAUGUCCAGCUGCUGAGAAGCCCCAAAUCUGAGGUGCCUAUGAUCAAUAAAUACCUUCUAAAUGUCAGAGAACAAAAUUGGAAUGAUUUGCAUUUCCCCUUCAAAGUCCAGAUUUUGUUAGGACUUUAUUAGGGGAUGGAAUUGUUAAAUUAAUCAAGAAUUUACAGUAUUCUCCUUGUCUUUGUACAAGCUUACACAAGAUGUCUCGUCUUCCUUGUAUCAUUUCUCAAACACAAAAACAAUGGAAUUUCUGGUAUGGUUCUGAUAUCAGUUCACUGAACUAUUCAAAUUGCUUUCUCAUGUGAACAUAUUUUGAGAGAAGUCUUGGUACAUUUUUUUCUAGCAGUACAAACAAUGUUAUUGUGUUUGCUAUGCUUAAUGCAAUUUUUCCUGUACUUUAUAUUGUUUGAUUCCUAUGCAGGAUGGAUUGAGGUGGAAAUAUGCCUUGAUCCCAAGGAUUUUAGUCUAUUCAAGUGCUUGAAGUUGGGUUUUAUAUGUUGAUGUGAAUAAACAACUUUCUGAACAUCAAA